GGGCGGGGCCUGGCGGGGUAGUACCUAGCGCCCCCUCCCCCGGGAGCGCGGAGGAGCAUUAAUAAAUCUCUAAGCCCAGGAGGAAACUCUGGCUGGGGUAGUGAGCCGAGCGCCGGGGGAGCGUGGGGAGCGGCAGCGCCUGCGCCGGUGGCGACAGGAGCCGCGCGACCGGCAAAAAUACACGGGAGGCAGCCGCCGAAGAGUCCGCGGUCCUCUCCCAUAAACACACUCUCCUCCACCGCCGCCUUCCCCUCCGCGGUGCGCGCCGCCCGGCUGGGCACCCAGGCCGCUCCAACUGCUAUGUGACCGCGAGGCUGCAGGAGGAAGGGGACAGGGGAGAAGAGGCUCGCCCGCGGGAGCCCCUGAGGACCAAGUUUGGGGCCACUUCUGCGGGCGUCCCUUCUUAGCUCUCACCCGCCUCUUCCUGCAGCCUAGGCAGCCCGGGUGCCCUUCUCUUCCUCGCGCGCCCAGCCGCCUCUGUUCUCGGCGACCAUGGUGACGAUGGAGGAGCUGCGGGAGAUGGACUGCAGCGUGCUCAAAAGGCUGAUGAACCGGGAUGAGAACGGCGGCGGCGCGGGCGGCAGCGGCAGCCACGGCGCCCUGGGGCUGCCGAGCGGCGGCAAGUGCCUGCUGUUGGACUGCAGACCGUUUCUGGCGCACAGCGCGGGCUACAUCCGAGGCUCGGUCAACGUGCGCUGCAACACCAUCGUGCGGCGGCGAGCUAAGGGCUCCGUGAGCCUGGAGCAGAUUCUGCCCGCGGAGGAGGAGGUGCGUGCCCGCUUGCGCUCCGGCCUCUACUCGGCGGUCAUCGUCUACGACGAGCGCAGCCCGCGCGCCGAGAGCCUCCGUGAGGACAGCACCGUGUCGCUGGUGGUGCAGGCACUGCGCCGCAACGCCGAGCGCACUGACAUCUGCCUGCUCAAAGGCGGCUACGAGAGGUUUUCCUCCGAGUACCCAGAAUUCUGUUCUAAAACCAAGGCCCUGGCAGCCAUCCCACCCCCGGUUCCUCCCAGUGCCACAGAGUCCUUGGACCUGGGCUGCAGCUCCUGCGGGACCCCACUACAUGACCAGGGGGGUCCUGUGGAGAUCCUUCCCUUCCUCUACCUCGGCAGUGCCUACCAUGCUGCCCGGAGAGACAUGCUGGACACCCUGGGCAUCACAGCUCUGUUGAAUGUCUCCUCGGACUGCCCAAACCACUUUGAAGGACAUUAUCAGUACAAGUGCAUCCCGGUGGAAGAUAAUCACAAGGCUGACAUCAGCUCCUGGUUCAUGGAAGCCAUAGAGUACAUCGAUGCGGUGAAGGACUGCCGCGGGCGCGUGCUGGUGCACUGCCAGGCGGGCAUCUCGCGCUCAGCCACCAUCUGCCUGGCCUACCUGAUGAUGAAGAAGCGGGUGAGGCUGGAGGAGGCCUUCGAGUUCGUUAAGCAGCGCCGCAGCAUCAUCUCGCCCAACUUCAGCUUCAUGGGGCAGCUGCUGCAGUUCGAGUCCCAGGUGCUGGCCACGUCCUGUGCCGCGGAGGCCGCCAGCCCCUCGGGACCCCUGCGGGAGCGGGGCAAGACCCCCGCCACCCCCACCUCGCAGUUCGUCUUCAGCUUUCCGGUCUCCGUGGGCGUGCACUCGGCCCCCAGCAGCCUGCCCUACCUGCACAGCCCCAUCACCACCUCCCCCAGCUGUUAGAGCUGCCCUGGGGGCCCCAGAACCAGAGCUGGCUCCCAGCAAGGGUAGGACGGGACGCAUGCGGGCAGAAAGUUGGGACUGAGCAGCUGGGAGCAGGCGACCGAGCUCCUUCCCCAUCAUUUCUCCUUGGCCCACGACGAGGCCAGCCAGAAUGGCAAUAAGGACUCCGAAUACAUAUUAAAAGCAAACAGAACACUCCGACUUAGAGCAAUAACGGCUGCCGCAGCAGCCAGGGAAGACCUUGGUUUGGUUUAUGUGUCAGUUUCACUUUUCCGAUAAAAAUUUCUUACCUCAUUUUUUUAAGCAGUAAGGCUUGAAGUGAUGAAACCCACAGAUCCUAGCAAACGUGCCCAACCAGCUUUACUAAAGGGGGAGGAAGGGAGGGCAAAGGGAUGGGAAGACAAGUUUCCCAGAAGUGCCUGGUUCUGUGUGCUUGUCCCUUUGUUGUCGUCGUUGUAGUUACAGGAAUUUCGUUUUUUAAAAGAAAUCUUCAAUGGUGUGGUUUUCAUUUCUCAGUCACCAACAGGUGAAUAUUUACGCUUAAUAAUAAAGUAUUUAUUAAGACUUUCUUCAGAGUAUGUAAGUACAAGAAGUCUAGUGACAGUGGAUUUAGAAUAUAUUUAUGUUGAUGUCAAACAGCUGAGCGCAGUAGCAUGCAGAUGUCCAAGCAGGAAGUAAAUGGUGUCUUGUAGAUAGGUGCAGGGUAACCUGAUGAGCAACUUGCAUUUAUUGCCACUGAGAAGCAGGCAGGGUGGGUGGGAGGAGGAAGAAAGGGAAGGAUUAGGUUUGAAUUGCCUUUUUUAAAAAAAAAAAAAAGAGAGAGACAGGAUCUCACUAUGUUGCCCAGGCUGGUCUCAAACUCUUGGGCUCAAGAGAUUCUCCCACCUCAGCCUCCUGAGUGUCUGGGACUGCAGGCGUUUGUCAUCAUGACCAAUGUGAAUUGCUUUUGAAGCUGGUUCCUGGGCACCAGCUAGGCCACUGAAGCAAUUUUAGACCACAAUAAGUCAAGCUUUUUUCUCUCCAAUGAUCACUGGGUGAUUGGAGCAUUUUUCGCAUAAACCUGCCUAAGACUUGUCUAUCGUCUGUGAUCAAUGCCAUACUACACUAAGGUGCUCCUGGAAAAUUGGGUGCAGUUCAAAUUUUCCUACAGCAAAUCAUUUGGCAAGGCCAGCCAUUGGGGAAACCAGACAACUAGAGAUAACCCUGAAAUGAAUCCUUUUGUAAAUUGAAGCACCAUCUUUUCUUUUUUGCAUAAAUUGGAGGUUUUAAUUUUCGGGCAGUUACCUGAAGUGAAAUAUACCAACAAUUUCUUGUGUUCUUUAAAUUCCUAGUUAAGUAUUUUCUCGAAUCACUAUGCUGGAGCAGGCUAAAUCCCUCUUUUGAAUUAAGAGGGGAAUGGACACCACAUUUCAGGUCUCCUGGAAGUGUGGAAGAGCAAGAGAGCAUCAGUGAACUGAUUGUGGAUUGCUUAUAUCGGAUUCCAUUGGUAUGAAUUUCCCAAACUGGAAACCAAAGCGCCAGGGUGGGGUCGGGGCUGGCUGCUGCUGAGCCGGCUGGCCACUGGCUCCCGUGACGUGCAUCAUGGGCACGCAGGCGCCAUUUUGAAUCUGUUGCGGCACGUGGGUGCCGUUUUGAAUUCUUAGUUCGGCCUUUCUACACGGGGAAUGGCUUUGGAGGGAGACACAUUUUCUGUGGGGAGGGUUGGGGGGGGAGGGAGGAGGGAACAAGCUACAUGCUAUUUUGUUUGUAGUAUUGUGGAACAGUCUUGUUAUGGAGUGCCAGAUUAGAGGUUAUUGCAAACUUGUCUAGAAGUGAGAGCAUGAUUUUUUUUUUUUUUUUAGCCGUUUGAGAGUCUACAUCUAAUGAACAUUCUUGCUCACCCAUAAAUAAUGUCAAGCUUCAAUGUUACCGUCACGUUGGGAUGCUGUUUUUCAUCUGGCAUCCUACACAGGACCAGGUUGGUUACCUUCCCUUCCAUGGACCAUGAACCUGUGAUGGCAUCAUUCGUCCUGACUUUGCCAAGCUCUGCCUGUGGGUGAGGCCAGAGCUCCCAUGGGCAAUUUUUAGAAGAGCCAGAGGCUUCCUGCUUCCUCUGGAAAUAACAGUUCAGGGUGAAGCAUAGAGGGGUUGGGUUCCCAGACAAUGGAACCAUUUAAAGACAACACUGUUGGACAUUCCCACUUUUUCCUUGAUUCCUGGAAGUCCAGUGGGUUCUGCAGCUGAAAAAGUCCUGGGUCCCAGCAGCAGAGAGACAGGACGGAGGGGAUGCUCGGGCGGGGAGGGACGAUAACCUGCAGAAUAGAUGCCAUUAUUAUAGAAUGAGCACACAUUUGCCAAAACUGUCCUGCUUUCCCAGACUGGAUUCCUGCCAUGGGGACAGUCGGAACUCAGGACUAGCUCCAGCGACAUCUUUCCUCCCAAUUCAAGCCGCCUAUCACAAUGUCAAAACAGCUAUUUAUAAAGCCAUUUUCUUUGUACUUGAUAACAACAUGAGUCCCAAAACUUAGAACUAAAAUAGGACAUUGGCUUGAUUGGAAAGAAGGACUUUUACAAAAUUGUUCUUAAAUCAGAAGCCUUUUGGAUGACUUACAAUAUCUCUGAUGAAGACACCACCCCAGGGUAAGUCCAAAAGGUCAGUGAGUUUCAAUAGGCAUGCAUCCUCCCAUGAAGGGAUUCUGGUGACGGGAAGUUUCUGUAAUGACAGGAAAGCAUUGACACUCAUUGAUUGUCAACUUUGCUAUUACCCAUGAAAGACAGGAUGUUCACUGGGUGUUCUGUAGAGUGAGGAAUGCUGCCCAUUCCCUCCCAGAAUGUCUGGCCCAGGGGUGUGUGUGGAGGAACCUUGGGGGAAAUGGACCAAGUUUUCCCACAGAGCAGUAUUAGGCUGAAGCGCAGGUGAGCUGGUGACUGGUAGGCCCCAGCUCCAUCAUUCCCCCCUGAGGCCAUUUUGUUUGGUUGCUCAUCCAAACUGGAUUCCAGAGAGUUUUCCAAUUUGGGAAGCCAUGAGAAAAGUUUUUAAAUAUUGGGAAGAUGGAGAGAGGGAGAUAGGAUAGUUGACUCCAACAUGACGGGAAGAGGCUGGAGAUUGGGAAUUGGCCACCAACCAAGCCUGUAGUAGUACAACCAUGGUCACGUGUUGGAAUUACCUGGGGAACUUUUUCAAUUCUGAUAGCCAGAUUCUCCUAGACCAGUUCAACCAAUUCUAGGGGGGACUCGGGCAUCAGUGUGUUUCGUAGCUCCCCAGGUGGUGUCCCUGUGCAUCCAAGCUUGGGAAACUGCCAUACUUUCUGGAUGUCAAGGCGCUGUUGGAGGCUGGGUGUGACAGCACAGAGCCAGAUUGUCUUAUGGAAACCACAGCCACGGGUUUGCCACUGGCUCAGCAUGGCCUCACCGCCAGUCCCAGCCUGGCUGAGGGACAAGAUGGUUUCUCUUGGGAGUUUGAGUGGAGCACCCUUCCAGGCGUUUUGAAAGCCAGCUGAUCUGUGGAUCCUUGUUAAGGGACUCUACAGUGUUUGGGUAUUGAUUUUUUCCUUGAGACCAUCUUGUCCAUCAAUAAAGAUGGAGGAUGUCUCCUCUUUGAACCCCGCUUCCCCACCAGUACCGUGUCUCCCUUAGAGUUUAUGAGUUAUUCAAGGAGGAGGCUUCUUAAAGGCAGCAAUGCAAUUCUUGUAACUUGUGUAAAUAGCCCCGUCUUUCAGAGUGAUGUCAUUUCUACAUUUGAUAUGCCUGUAUUUCUGUAGGAUGUAUAUAGUUUAGGGGAUUUUUUUUGUUUGGUUUUGUUUUUUAGAAGUCAAUAUGUCUGGUUUUAUUUAUUGCUUGAAAAAGAUCAUUUGAAAAAAAUAAAUACAUUUUCAACCA